GCUUCGGUAUUUGUCGACACUUUAAUAUACAAUCCAGCAUACCGAACGACUGGACAACUGGGCGAGCACUUCAAAAUACGACGCUUUAAAAGAUUGGCCUCAAAAUGGCAUCGAUUUCUACCAGCAUGAAGCAUAUCGAGCAACUUUUGUACAAUUUAAAUGAGCAACGGAAAGAGGAAAAGUACACCGAUGUAACGCUCAUCUGCAAUGGAAUAAAGUUUCCGGCGCACAAGAGCGUGUUGGCGUCCAUCUCGCCUUAUUUCCAGGCCAUGUUCUCUGGAAAUUUCAUAGAGGUCAACCACGAUGUCGAUUUGGGCAAUGAUAACAAUUUGGAGGCAUGGAAACUAAUGCUCGACUUCAUCUAUACGGGUCAGCUGCACUUAAGUGAAGAGAAUGUCACAACAUUUCUGGAGUUGGCUUCAUAUUUGCAGCUACAGGGAGCCCAGGAUCUCUGCGUCAAUUACAUUAGCGACAUCAUGAAUGAGGACAAUUGCUUGGCCUUCAUGCAAUUGGCUCAGGCCCAUAACAAUCAGCAACUCCUCUCAGCCGCCAAGGCCUACAUGACCAUACAUUGGAAGCAAUUCCUGAAUACCUCAUCGUUUUUGGAUAUUAGCGUUGAAGAGAUACUGUCCAUCCUAAGUACUGAUUCCUUGAGAGUGCACUCGAAUGAUGACACACUCUUAGGCCUGGAGCGUUGGGCCGUCCACCGUCUGCCCGAACGCGCAGCUGAACUGCCGCAAAUCCUUAACGAGCUGGAGCCUCGUAGCCUAUCCAAAAGUGUUGUAGCUGGCAUGAAUGUGGAAGUGCUGAAAGCGAAUCCUACCACGACAAAGUGGCAGCAUGAUUUGCUUGAUCUCCCCGAUCCUAAUCGCAAAUGGAGCAUAUUUGCAUUGGAGUGCCUUCACCCGAAGGGCCACAUUUUCUUUCAGAGAUACAACUGCUAUGGCAAUGUGGCCAAGGCGACCGCCUUACCGCCCCAUGACGAUCUAGAUUAUGGCAGUCGCUUGGCCCUGCAUGGCAGCAACAUUUUCGCGCAGGGCAGCCAUAAAACAGCGUACUAUAGUCUGCACGAUAAUGUGUGGCGCAGUAUUCCGGGAUCACCGCUGCAUCAACGGAAAAAUCCUUCUGUGAUCGUCCUCGAUGGUGGUCUGUACACACUCGGCGGUCAUUUGAAUCACAAUCGUAAGGUCACCAAUAAAGUGGAGCGUCUAGAUCUGGCAACUGGCGUGUCCCAUUCGAUCGCAGCCAUGCAUUCGGAAAGGGCCUUUGCAGGAUGUGCAACCGCAAAUGGUUGCAUUUAUAUGAUUAGCGGAGAGAGAGCUAUGCAGACAGUAUCGGGCGUUGAAUGCUACGAUCCCCGUGUCGGAAGUUGGUUUAAGCAUCUGGGACCAACGCUCGGCUACUGUAGCUGUGGGGUUGUCCGGUCGUCUAUCUAUGUAAUGGCACUGAAUGCUCAAUGUAUUGUUAAAUGGGAGCCGCGCACUUCAAAUUGGCAAUCAAUUAUAUUAAGUCCCGAAGCGACCGUUUCUCAGAUAUGCGUUAUGAAUGAGAAAUUGUAUGGAACCAGCUCCGACAAAAUAGUAGUCAUUGAAGUGGACGGGGACUUUACCCUGAAGUUUAUCCGCAUCGAACCUAUAAAUGAAUUUCAUGAAUUUUAUGCGAGCACAGCGGGCAAUGUGGCUGUCUAAGAUUUUAAGCAAUCAAUUCAACCGGAUUCAAAUGAUGGGUGUUGUCUUUAAUGUUUUAAAAUUGUUUGCCCAAGCCCAACAUGUG